AUCCUGCUUACAAUCUGGUCAAACAGUCGUUACACACAGCGAAACCAGAACGUCUGGUGUGUCGAGAGAAGGAAGUAGGGGAGAUAACUGAGUUUCUAGAAGGGAAUUUAGAAAAGAAAUCGGCAGGAAGUCUGUAUAUAUCUGGUGCUCCUGGUACUGGAAAAACGGCUGCUUUACUUCAUAUUAUCGAUGAUGUAAAGGAAUCGUACCCAUGUAAAAUAUGUUAUUUAAACUGUAUGAUGGUGAAAGAUUCAGCGACUGUUUUUAAAAAACUCUAUCAAGAAAUAACAGGGAAGGCUUUAACUGGAAAACGUGAUCCAACACGCAGCAUGGAGAAAUGUCUAACGACCAGUAAAUCAAGCAUUAUACUAGUAUUAGAUGAGAUAGACCAACUAGAUAGUAAGAGUCAAGAAGUUUUAUAUACGAUAUUUGAAUGGCCGACCUUGCCUAAUUCUAAAUUAAUCUUGAUAGGUAUAGCCAAUGCAUUAGAUUUAACAGAUAGAAUAUUACCAAGACUUCAAGCUCAACCUAAAUGUAAACCUCAACUAUUAAACUUUGCCCCGUACAGUCGAGAACAGAUAGCUACUGUUAUACAAGACAGGUUAAAAAAGGAAUCGUACCCUUGUAAAAUAUGUUAUUUAAACUGUAUGAUGGUGAAAGAUUCAGCGACUGUUUUUAAAAAACUCUAUCAAGAAAUAACAGGGAAGGCUUUAACUGGAAAACGUGAUCCAACACGCAGCAUGGAGAAAUGUCUAACGACCAGUAAAUCAAGCAUUAUACUAGUAUUAGAUGAGAUAGACCAACUAGAUAGUAAGAGUCAAGAAGUUUUAUAUACGAUAUUUGAAUGGCCGACCUUGCCUAAUUCUAAAUUAAUCUUGAUAGGUAUAGCCAAUGCAUUAGAUUUAACAGAUAGAAUAUUACCAAGACUUCAAGCUCAACCUAAAUGUAAACCUCAACUAUUAAACUUUGCCCCGUACAGUCGAGAACAGAUAGCUACUGUUAUACAAGACAGGUUAAAAAAGUUAGAAGACUCAGGAAUGUGUGUUAUGGAGGCUAGUGCUAUACAGUUCUGUGCUCGGAAAGUGUCAGCUGUGGCUGGUGAUAUGAGAAAAGCUCUAGACGUCUGUCGGAGGUCUGUAGAAUUAGUAGAGGCAGAAAUCAGAGGUCAGCAAAUUCUCAAAGCUAAAG